GUUGUUAUAAUUUAUAUCAAGAUGUCGGAGUUUUUGUUUAUGUGGAGAAUAAUGAAAACAUAUAUGCAUUUUUGGCAUUAAUAAUGGCAAUAGCAAGUGAUAACGAGCUGAAGCGGCUCCUUGCGAGUCCGGCGAAAAAUGCGUCCGAAGAAGGUUCUAUGGCUCCGCCACUUACCGCAAAUGUGCCCAGGCCAAGCACAUCUCAGUCUAAUCCACAGGCGUCUAUGACGCCUAUGUUACCGGCUAGUGGCGGUAAGGAAUUAGUCGAUCCUUGUCUACAAAAUGUUGUGUCAACUGUCAAUUUAGGAACCGAAUUAAAAUUAACUUAUAUUAAUACAAGAACAAGGAAUUCAGAAUAUAAUCCUGCCCGUUUUACCGGGCUUAUUAUGAGGAUACGUAAUCCUAGAGCAACAGCAUUAAUAUUUCGAUCAGGAAAAUUGGUUUGUACUGGAGCUAGAUGCGAAGAAGAUUCAUUUUUAGCUUCGAAAAAGUUUGCUCGAAUAAUUCAAAAAAUUGGUUUCUCUGUGAAGUUUAUGGAUUUCAAAAUACAAAAUAUCGUUGCGACUGCAGAUUUAAAAUUUCCCAUUAAAUUAGAAAAUUUAAAUCACAUGCAUGGACAGUUUUCAAGUUACGAACCUGAAUUAUAUCCAGGUUUAAUAUACAGAAUGGUCUUACCAAGAGUAGUAUUACUUAUUUUUGUCAAUGGUAAAAUUGUUUUAACGGGUGCAAAAAAUCGACAAGAAUUGAAAGAUGCAUUAACAAAUAUAUACCCUAUUUUAAAAAGUUUUAGGAAGCAGUAGUGUUUUAAAUUAUUAAGAUAGUCUUAAAUGAUUCCAAGAGACAAAUGUUUAA